AUACGUUCAUGGUCGUAGGUUCGCGAGCAACCCAUAACCUAAAAAUUUCCCGCGAAAUUGAUGCGAGCAUCUGCAAUGUUUUCAGUGCACUCCUGAUCUGUCGAGAAAAAGCAGCUUUUGGAAUUAAUAUUGAAAAGAAUCGCUGUCUACGUUAAAGACGAAAUAGAAAAUUAAAUCGGAGGAACAUGUCCAUGCUCUCGGAGCCCCGGCAGAAGCAGAAGUGGUCUCUCAAUCCGCGGGGCAAGUGGUGGACCGAGGACCCGAACAAAUUUGGCCAGAGAAUGUUGGAAAAAAUGGGCUGGACGAAGGGGAAAGGACUCGGCGUUAACGAGCAAGGCAUUGCGGAAUUUUCCAGCGUGUUGUACAAGAACGAUACAACUGGUGUGGGAUACGACAAAAAUUUCGAGGCGUGGACCAAAGAGCAGGAGAAGUUCAGUAACUUGUUGCAACAACUUAAUGGUAAUCAGAAUCAAGAUACUGUUAAAAGCGGGGACGCUAAUCUCAGCGGACAGUCUAUCGAGCUCAAGUCCAAGGACAGCCGUGCUCGCAUGCAUUACAAGAAAUUUACGCGUGGUAAGGAUAUAAAUAAAUAUAACUCUAAGGAUUUGGCAAAUAUACUUGGCCAAAAAGAAUUGGUCGUGAAAACUGAAAUCAAGGUAAAACAAGACGAUGGUAUUCGUAAAAUGGAAUCUGCUGACUUAAAAGGCAAAGACAAUUGGUACGGCGUUGUCACAAUUAAUAGUGGUAACAUGGUUGAUUAUUUUAAAUCAAAGCAUAAUACGGCUGAUCGCUUGAAAUGUAAUGUAGAGUCAAACCACGAUACAAACUUAUCAAGCAGUACGACUGAUCAUCGAACGACUAAGUCUGAAAGUGAGAAUGAGUAUGCUGGUUUCGGAUUUACAAAAACAGAAGAUACAUCACAGUCCAGUUGCGGAACAUCACAAGACUGUGACGAUAAAAGUGUUUACGCCUUUGAUAAUCCUUGCUUGGGAUUGAAUAGGUCUACAGAAACUCCUUGCGACACCAACGGUUCUCCUGCAAAGUCUGCAAAAAAGAGGAAGAAGAGAUUUGAAAGCGAUAGUCUUAGCACUGAAAUGGAUAAGCAUAAUAUCGGAAAGAAAUUAAAAACUGAAGCUAUUGAUAGUGAUUGCAAAAACGGUUUUAUUAAUCCAGCUCUUAAUCUGAACGCAGAGCCUGAAGAGGAUUGUAAUGGCAAGGAAUUUGAAGUGUUCAGAGAGCAGAUUGGCCUUGAAAAUUGUGGUUUAGAUUUGACGGACGAGAGAAACGACAAGAAACGCGUAACAUUCAACGACCACGUCAUGUUGUACGAAUAUAAUAUAAAUUCUGCUAAAAAGAAGAAAGGGGAGGUUACAUUGGAUAAAUUUGAAGUUGAAAAUAAGAAGAGUAAAAAGAAGCGGAAACACGAGAGCACUGUGACUUCUGUAACGAACGGAUUUAUUAAUGAAGCGUUAGAUAUACAAAUAUGCGAGGAAAUUAAUGAUAACGAGCUGAACAAGCACAGAAAUAAAAAAAUUAAGAAGAGGAAAAUAUGUAAAACAUCUAAUUUAGAAACGAUACAGGAAUCACCAGAAAAGGAAAUAAUACAAAUCAACGUUGAAUCGGAAGAGAUUACUAGUAUUGUUGAAAAUGGAAAAAUGGACAUUGUGGAACAAAAAUCGAAGAAGAAGAAAAAGAAGAUAGAGAAGGCAGAGAAAAAAGUCAAACAGGAAGAUAUUACAGUACUUCAUAUCAUAAAUGAAGAAACAGAUACCAAAAUUGAAGAGACAAGUAAAAGUAAAAAGACCAAGAAAAAUAAGGACAGUAAAGUAGAAGAAGAAGAAAUGUCAAUUUUUAAGAAAUGUAAAAAGAAAAAGAAGAAAGAUAAGGAAAAUUGCAAGAGUGAAAAACAUACUGGGCAAACAGAAAUAAACAAUAAACAACAGGAUAUCAAAAUGUUGGAUAAGUCAGAUUUAAAGCAACAAAAUAAUUAUUUAAUCGAAAAUAAAAAUAAGGAUGCAGCAAUAGUUGAACCAUUGUCUGUUUUUACAACCAAAGAAAACGAGAAAAAAGAAGAACCACUAGAAAAAAUUAAGCAUAAGAAGAAAAAAAGAAAAAGUAUCAAUAACGAAGACCCUUCGAAUCAAAUUGAUAUAUCCACUGUAGAGAGAGAAAUUUGCGAUAAGGAAAAUACAGACAAAGAGCAAGAUCCAGAUACCAAAAAACUAGCAAAGAAAGAGAAAAAGAGUAAGAAAUCGAAAGACGAGACUAUAUCCAACCUAGAAGAUUCUAGUCUUAAUAAGGAUAUUGUAGAUGUAAAUGUUGCAAAGCAGGACAAAAUAGAAAAUGCAGAGUUCACCGGUACACCCUCAAAAAAGGACAAAGCAAUCGAUAUUAUUGACAAUAUAAUCAGUAGUCCAUGGAGUGCAAAAGCAAGGAUGUCCAAGAAAAUGCUAAUAACACUUUUCCAUAACAAUGCAAUCUCAGACUUCCCAGGUUCUAAUAUUCGUAAUAUAAAGGGAUAUGGUGCAGACGACUAUGACGACUGAAUACGAGUAGUAAUAUAUAGAAUAAUUUUGAUAAUUUGAUAAAAUAAAGCAUUUUUUACAGAUGACAAAUAAUAGCAUAUUGUAAAGAUAUUAAUGUAUACAUCUCUUUAAACAAAAGUAUACAUUUUAAAUAAUAUGCAAUAGAAAAUUAUUUCAGUAAAUUACUUAAUUAAAAUAUGUAAACUUUAUUAAAAAAUUGUGAUUAUGUUAUCAUUAACAAUUCUGUAAGUUUCUUAAACAGUUAUAACGUCUCAGUACUUACAUUUGAGGGAGAAUCGACUACGCUUGCCAUAGCUGUAUCCCAUAACUUUUCUUCAUCCUAAACUGAAGUAACAGCUUUCGUAAUUAUCUAUCAAUGUAAC